UACCCAUAAUUACAGCGUACCGGAAAGACACAGGUUUACAGUGCUGAGAAGACUGACAGCGUUAUAUUUCCCUUCGGCGGGCAAAAACUGUUACGCCAUGGUCCUGAUAUACAUCUGAACUUAUUUAUUUAUCUUCGACUUCUUCCAGAUAAUAACACCGACAUUAUGCAGGAGCAUCAGGAGGACACGGACAUGUGGUACAACCACCCUGUCUACACCCGUUACUGGCAGCAUUACCAGCAGGCUAUGAGCUGGUAUCAGAGGCACAAGCAAGCGUACCGAAAGGCCAUACAGGCUGCAUAUGACCCUGCUCUUUACCCUGUGUUUCCCACUACCUCAUCUCGCUAUGCAGACUGGCAGGAUGACGAGACAAUGGGUAGAAUCUCUAGACAAGCAGGGAGACAGCUGGAGCGAGAAGAUGACAACUCGGAGACUGAGAGCGAGUCUGAGAGCUCGGAGGAAAGCGAGCUUGAAUACGACGUCAGCAAAAUGGACAUCACGGCUGAGCUGCGGCAAUAUUUCGCUCAGACAGAGCGCCACAGAGAGGAACUGAAGAGACAACAGCAGAUGGAAGCAGAGCGUCAGGAAGCCUACGUACCGGCCGACCAGGACCUGCACCGUUCUUGGCGACGGAGUGCCGAAGCCCCUGCCGAGCGCCCGGGCGAGAGGAGGAGUGCUGAGAUGAAGCGGCUCUAUGGAAAAGAUGCGGCCAAGAUCCAGGGCAUGGAAACAGCCAUGCAGCUCAAUUUUGACCGCAACUGUGACCGCAAGCAGCCCAAAUACUGGCCUGUAAUACCCUUAAACCUGUAGAGGGAUUUUGCACCAAUAAUGUAAGCCACUUUUACAGAAAUACAGAAAAUAAUUAAUUAAAUAUAUCAAAAUCUCUGUCGAAUAAGGGGCUGGCUUGGCCUAGAAUCCAUUUGUAUUUAUAAUAGAUUGUUGGUCCUAUUAAAGAGAGUCUUUAUUGUUCCUCUCACACGUUCAAAUGGAAAAAUGUUUCCUGUGUUUCAGUAGUGCGGUGCGAGACUCCAAAGCUUUCUCUCGACACGUUGCUAAUCCUCCUCUUUUUCACUGAUGGAAAAGUUCUGUCCCGCUCACAUAUUACCAUUCAUUACUCUUCUGUUUUUUCCCUCCCUCCUUCAAGUCCAUGAAUGAUCCCGAUAUCGUAUGCAUCGAGCCCCAGCUCCUUUUUUUUUUUCCACAGAGCCAAUUCACUAACUAGGUCAGAGCCUCCUCCAUGUUUUCAGUCCUUUCUGUCUGCUCUUCUUCUCCUUUCUUCCUCUGCUUGGGAUGUGGUCAGCUUGGCACGUUGGUUCUGUAUGAUAAGUAAUUCUUUAAAAAAUAUAUCUUUGGAUGGUGAGUUUUGUAAUAAAAUGCAUUGGA